AUGGUAAAUGUCCUAAACCAUAAUAAUGAUUGUAUAAUAUGUAUAUCUUAAUAUAUGGAUAAAAUUGUAAAAUAUACAUCUUAUUCAUCCUUUAUAUAUUUGAUUCAAUUGAUCUUUCGUCUCUUAAAGGGAAUCUCUAAUUUAAUCAAAAUUGCUGUUUUUCAGAUUAAUUGUUUGAUAUUGAUUAUUGAUUAAAGUUUAUCUAAGUAUUUACACUCUUAAAUUAAUACAAGGAUUUAAUAUUUUGUUUUAUAAGUAAAGCUAAAAUUAAAAAUGUUUUUACCACUAUUUCUCAAUUAUUCUUAUAAAAUAAUUAUAAUGUAGAGUCUGGAGAACUAUUAAUUUGAGCUAAUAAAAUUCAAAAUUUUUGCAUAUUACCAAUUUAAUCAUUUAUUGAGAAUAUUAUUAGCAGAUCUUAAUCCCUAUUAUUUUAUUCUUAAUACUUUAAUCAUCAAAAGGAAAGGGUAGUUUAUUAAUUAGAUUCAUGGAUUUAAGCAGAUAGAAUAAAUUACUUGA